AUGACAGAAUCUGAAUCGAACAUCCAUCAUGCAAAUAGCAUGAAUGGUCCAACCGGUAGAAGUGAUGCUAGACAUCCAAGUAUACUGCACCCAGAUCUCGAGAUACGUUCCAGUGAUGAAUUGCCAGAUCCAAGUGAAUUGGAAUUGGAGGAAGAGUUAGAUGGUUGGCACGGAUAUAUCGAAUGGGAAAAAUAUCCUGAGCGAAAGCAGAAAGUAAAAGAAUUCAUGAAGAAAUAUAAGUUUCCCUCGGCACCCGAAUUUCAAUUAGUUCCCUUACCCAAAACUAAUCCAGUACUAGAAGGUGUGAGAUGGAAACAGUAUCAUUAUGCAUUGGGCAAAAAAACGAAAGAUAUGCCAGCAGAGAGCUGGCUGUUUGUUGAGAAGGAAAAGUCUCCAGACAUGAUUCAUGUCUUACAAUUCCCAUACAACGGAGAACCCCCUCGAAAUCGACUCGUUGAAUCGGCCAUAACUUCUAAUGAGGAUCAUUUUGUUCGAAAUCAUGGUGGAAUUCCUGAGAUCGACGAAGACUCUUACUUCUUCGAUGUUGCUGGUUUGGUCAACAAUCCGAAACGUAUUACUUUGAAGGAUUUGAAGGAUGAAACCAUCUUCCCAAGACAGAGUAACGUGGUCACAAUUCAAUGUUCAGGGACCAGGAGAAUUGAGCAAAUUAAUCAGUACCCUGGUGACGGAGAUGAACUCAUCAAUGCACCCUGGGGAGAAGGAGCUAUUGGAACCGCACGAUGGACCGGUGUAUCCCUCAAGAAAGUUAUCAAAUACUGCGGUGGCCUCAAAGACCCAUCAGGAACUUAUCAUCUUGAAUUUCUCGGCGCAGACACCUACUUCAAAAAGGGAGAAGUAUACAACUACGCUGUAUCCGUUCCCUGGCGCAAGGUGAAAAUUAAUGAGGUACUGCUGGCCUGGGAAAUGAAUGGGGAGCCACUCCCUAAGAUCCAUGGCUUUCCAUUACGUGCUGUGGUAUUUGGCUAUAUCGGCGCUCGCUCAUGUAAAUGGCUUACCAGGAUUAACGUUCUACCCCAUGAAUCUCUUGGUCCGGUGCAGAAGAAAGAAUACUUGUAUUACAAUUCUCAAGUUGGAAAACAUAAUGCAGCUUACAGUUCUGGAUUUAGUAUUCAAGAUAUGCCAGUAAGUUCAGCGAUCAUGAGCCCAGUGGAUAUGGAUCAGAUAAUACAUGAGGGGACAAUAAAAAUGAGGGGAUGGGCAUACAGUGGGGGAGGACAUUGGCCGGUGAGAGUAGAGGUUAGUGGGGAUGGAGGGAAUAUUUGGUACGAGGUACCUUAUGAGAACUUGAGCGAAAAGUAUUAUCAUGCUUGGAGAUUAUGGGAGAUCGAUCUUCCAGUCGAUGCGGAAGGAUGGUUAGAGUUGGUGGUUAGGUGUUGGGAUAAUUCAAUGAAUACGCAACCUACAUUUGUGAGAUCUACUUGGAAUUGGGAUCUCCAUGUCACUUCUUCCUGUCACCGAAUCAAAGUCUUUAGUAUCAACAAGACGAGACCAAAGACAGCAGCAAGACUGCAAAUGUAUGAGAAAAUGGGAGUACCGUUCCUGCCAAUCACUCAGCCUGGACCUUUUGAAUUGGAGGAAGAUGACACGUAUGAUGCAGAGAUGGAAGCUAGAGGUGGUCGGGAUCCUUUAGAGUAA